AUGGCAGGUAGGAAAUUGUGCCAUCGUGAUGUUCACAUGUUCCGCUUCAUUGUCCCAUGAAGCAGACAGAGAAGCCAGCUGAGAAGUUAAGGAUUUAUAGCUGGGGAAUGGAUUAAAUCAUUGGACAACUUAGAGACGGUAACAUACAUACAAGUGGAUGCUAUGAUAGACAGCAAAAGAAAAGGGAGAAAGGGAGAUGCCCUUAAAAACCUACCCCAGUUAGUCAAGGUCCCAGUACCCCGCAUGGGGCUUAGAUAAGACAUGACUAAGGCCCAUUCAAUGGCCUUCAAUGGGACUUAGUCUUGAAUAUAUCUUUCACUAGAUAUGCCAAUAAAGUCUGAGGCUCCUUCAAAAUCAUAUUUAUUUUUGGUACUACUGUCAAUCUACAUUGCACUUGUCCAAAGCAGCUUACAAACCAAGAGUUUCCAGGCAGCAACAACACAAAACAUCAGUUUGGGAGGAAAAGAAGUAGAUAAAUAUCCAUGAAUGAUCCACAUUGAUCCAGAACCAAAAGCACUUUGGUUAGAUCAGGCUUCCUCAACCUCGGCCCUCCAGAUGUUUUUGGCUUACAACUCCCAUGAUCCCUAGCAAGCAGGACCAGCGGUCAGGGAUUAUGGGAAUUGUAGCCUCAAAACAUCUGGAGGGCCGAGGUUGAGGAAGCCUGAGUUAGAUUCUGUUCUCAUGUGAGAGCCUAAAAUAGGAAUUGUUCUUUAGAUGAAUGAUGGUCUUUGUUUCUGUUGUAACCCCUAUCUCACUGAAUUAUAGAAACAGGUAAGCAUAUCAGAUGUAAGAUUUAGCGGGUGCCUGUGACUUCACUAGGUAUCCAGAUUAACCCAGUCAAAAUUGGGGGGUACCAACCAGGGGAGGAGUGUAUCGUAGGGCUUGUUGUGACUCAAACUUGUCAUAACUUCAGUUACUCUUCUCCUAAUGGAUGUCUUUUCUAUCCUUGCACCUUCAGUUAAGGCCAACUGCCCAUCACUGCAUCAUAACAUUCUCUGGCCAGUUAGAAGCUUGGAGGUCACUGUGGUGACAGCUGGAAACAGGUUCACAUAACCCCAGUUCCAGGGGCUCCCAUUAUGGAUGCUGACUUGAAUUAACACUGAGCGGGGUGCAUUUGAGGGCCCCUAGGGGGUAUCACCCUCAUGUUUUCCCUGAAAAGAAGGGGAAUAGCAGAGCAUCUUGAAAGACAGAAUCUUUUAUGGCAACAGCAGCAGGGCAGGGUGAUUCAUCCACGGAAGAGAGAGGGGGAAGAUGGGAGAAAGAUUCUUUCUCAAUGGGAUCAUAAGCAACUGGAUAUCAGGAAGACAUCAAGGCAGCAAAAGAAGUCCAACCAUUAGGAUCUUCCACAACCCUUUUCAAAGAUCCAGUUGUUUAGAACCUCCAGCAACAGGAGCUGGGGAAAAGACAUCUCUCCUUGCCACUGCACAGGGACUUUGCAAUGGCCACAUCUAUGAAUCAAUUAUAUAGACCACCUCACCUCCAGCUAGUCCAGGUGCAGCCUCCUGGGCUUGAACCCAUCCAGUCCUGGCCUCUCUACCUCAAAACAGGUCUUUGAAACCUGGAAAAGAUGGAAAAAAGUAAAACCAAAAUUAUCAAGGGGUUGGAGUAAUUCCCUCAUGUGGAAAGGUUGGGGCCUUUUAGUUUCAAAGGAAGUACGCUCUCUGUCAGCCCUCAUAGUUGUAUUAAUUCUAGAACCAUUAAAAAGCAAACUAAUCAAUGUCCUCUCUCAUACAGGAGUGGUUGCAAACAGAAAUGAACAAGAUCCAGGCCUCUUUGCAGAGAAUAUACUUUUAUGCACCUCUGACUGUAUCACAGCAGGCAAAAUACUACGUACAGAAUUGGAACAGUUCUCCAGGGUCUCAGGAAUGCAAGUUACUUUUAAGAAAGCAGAGGUAAUGUUUUUCAUAUACCAACCUAUCCAACAGACUUUUAUAGCAAUGUUGAAGAUUCCAAUAGCCAGGAAAAGUUUUAGAUAUCUGGGGAUGCAAAUUACCCAAAAUUUAAACAAGUUGUAUGAGUUUAAAUAUAGUGUGGUUUGGAAAGCUCUAAAUAGGGAUAUAAUACAUUGGAAUAAAUUAAGACUCUUCGUUAUGGACAAACCAGUUGCAUUUAAAAUAACGAUUGUACCUUCAUUUCUUUUCUUCCAGACUUGGGUGAAUGCGUGA